GACUGGGGAGCGUGUUGCCCGCGACAGGGAAGAGGCCAGCCUUGGCGUCCUAAAGCACGCCGGGGAGGCGUCCUGGGGCUGUUGGUUUCUCCAAUAUGAGGGCGCGGGCGCCCAAGCAUCAGGAAGCCCCGCAGCCCUCUGGCACCGACUUUUCCCCCUCUCCGAUCGGGCAGCUGGACAAGGUCCUGCGGCUGUGCCAGUAGGGGCGGCGGACAGAAAAGCCUCUGAAGCUCCAGAAGGGAGGGGCAAGGUUGGGGCGGAGGGUGCUGUCACUUGUUGCCGCUAAUAAGCUCGACCCUGGAGCGCUGUUGUUUCCACAAUCUUUAGCUGUGCCCGGGAUCCCCCACCCCGCUCUCCUGGGCUCGGAGCUGGAAGGAAGAGGCCAGCGCGAGCGGCUGACAUUGCGGUAGGAGAGGGGAGGGCGCCCGGAGAGCCCGCCUGGAUGGGCGCUGGGGUGCGGGAGAGGUGCGAGUGGGGUCCCGCUAGCUGCAGCUGCCCGGGCUUCCAGGUGCACAGCGUCCGCCCUGACUGGGAAACCGCGCGGGACGCAACCCAUCGCAGCUCGUCACAUACUUACAAAUCGCUGUCGCUAGGUUUCCCGCCACUCCUCUCAGACCAGCCCCCCCGCCCCGCCACUUUUCGGAGUCCCCCGCCCUCAUCACUGCCUCCCGGGAGCUGCGGGGCAGUCGGACGCGGAGCCGCGGAGCCGCGAGGACGCCUGGCUGGAGGUGCCCUCUGCAGCGAGCCGGCGCCCCUUGCCCUUCGCCGCGGGGUUGGGCGGUCACCCCCGCCGCCCUCGCUCUGCCGCUCGCGGCUCUCUUCCCCGCUCUCCUCCCGCAGGUCCCGGAGCUCCGCCACCACCGGGUGCGGCGCGGCAGGCGCGAUGCGGCAUCUGUGCCGGGGCCGCGUGCUGGGCAUCUCGGUGGCUAUCGCGCAUGGGGUCUUCUCCGGCUCCCUCAACAUCUUGCUCAAGUUCCUCAUCAGCCGCUACCAGUUCUCCUUCCUGACCCUGGUGCAGUGCCUGACCAGCUCCACGGCGGCGCUGAGCCUGGAGCUGCUGCGGCGCCUGGGGCUCAUCGCCGUGCCCCCCUUCGGCCUGAGCCUGGCGCGCUCCUUCGCGGGGGUCGCAGUGCUCUCCACGCUGCAGUCCAGCCUCACGCUCUGGUCCCUACGCGGCCUCAGCCUGCCCAUGUACGUGGUCUUCAAGCGCUGCCUGCCCCUGGUCACCAUGCUCAUCGGCGUUCUGGUGCUCAAGAACGGCGCGCCCUCGCCCGGGGUGCUCGCGGCCGUGCUCAUCACCACCUGCGGCGCCGCCCUGGCAGGAGCGGGCGAUCUGACCGGCGAUCCCAUCGGGUACGUUACGGGCGUGCUGGCAGUCCUGGUGCACGCCGCCUACCUGGUGCUCAUCCAGAAGGCCAGCGCCGACACAGAGCACGGGCCUCUGACCGCUCAGUACGUCAUCGCCGUGUCCGCCACCCCACUGCUGGUCGUCUGCUCCUUCGCCAGCACCGACUCUAUCCACGCCUGGACCUUCCCUGGCUGGAAGGACCCUGCCAUGGUCUGCAUCUUCGUGGCCUGCAUCUUGAUCGGCUGCGCCAUGAACUUCACCACGCUGCACUGCACCUACAUCAACUCGGCGGUGACCACCAGCUUCGUGGGUGUGGUGAAGAGCAUCGCCACCAUCACAGUGGGCAUGGUGGCCUUCAGCGAUGUGGAGCCCACCUCUCUGUUCAUUGCCGGGGUGGUGGUGAACACCCUGGGUUCCAUCAUUUACUGCGUGGCCAAAUUCUUGGAGACCAGAAAGCAAAGCAACUACGAGGACCUAGAGACGCAGCGGGCGGGAGAGGAGGCACAGCCAAGUGGAGAUCAGCUGCCAUUCGUCAUGGAGGAGCUGCCCGCGGAGGAUGGAAAUGGCGGGUCAGAAGGUGGCAAGGCAGCAGGUGGCUCCACUCAGAAGAGUGGGCAAGAGGCAAGGGGCAGCCCCAGAGGAGGCCCGCUGGUGGCUAGGAGCUCACACAACACAGCCGCCGCCCCAGAGGAAGUGAGCAAGAGGUCACUGAAGGAUGCUUACCUCCAAGUGUGGAGGUUAGUUAGGGGAACCAAGUACAUGAAGAAGGAUUAUUUGAUAGAAAAUGAGGAGUUACCCAGUCCUUGAAAAGGAAAUGCAUGUAUGUAUAUAUGUACAUACACUUAUUUUGUAUGUUAGAGAUACUGUAUUUUAAUGAGGGGCUGCCUGAUUUUAUUCCUUGAGGAGUGGGGAAGGGAAGCAAAGAAGGAAGCUGUAACAGACUGACAGUAACAGCAUAAGCACCGUGUGAAUUAUUUAGCGUGAGCUUACCUGAGGCAUCACAGAGACAAAAGCAUGUGAAGGUGCUUAAUGAGGGAAAGCAGCGGUUCUGGCUGCAGACUCCUGGCACACGAAUUGUAUGUCUUUAGAACCGUAACCAAAUAUCUGCAUGUACUUAGAAUUCCUCAGUCCACCCCUUCCAAAGAUGGAGCAUAGACAGGAUGCCCGCAUUUAAAAAGCUCAAAGAGGACCCAGGUACAUCUUCAGUGAUAGUAGAGCUACAGUUUUUAUAGCCAGCUGGCAAGAGUAUAUUAUUGAAAUAAUAUAUAUACAUAUAUAUGUCUAUAUACAUCUGUAUACAUGUAGACAUCUAUAUACAUCUGUAUAUAGACAUAUAUAUACACUGGAUUGAUGUUUACUGUUUGUAGUCAUCUGAAAUAUGUUUGCUCUGAUUUUUCUUCACUUAAAAAAAAGUAUUCUAUUAUUCUAUUGUAUAUUGGUAGAAAAUGUUAAAGGUAUUUUGAAUAUAUGAGUUCUUAACUUUAAACCCGAAGUUUAAAGCUGGUUUUUAGUAAUUAUAAAACUAUUUUAAAGGUUGUUUGGGUUCAUUGCUUUAUAAUAUUUAUUAUUGAAUGCCGUAACCUUUUGAAAAGCCAGUUUUACUGUGUCCAAUAUUCUUUCAAGCAAAUGCAAAGGCUGAACAAUAAUUCGGUAUUAACUGAAGCCCAAACAGAAGUGAAUCCGUCCCGUUAAACUAGCUCUUUCGAGUCACACUGCCCAUCCCAAACCUGUUACAAAAACAGCAACUGCUAUAUUCACUUUAUGAUAUUUUUCUAUCUUACAUUUGUCAAAAUAAAGUAUGAGCCUCUCUGCUAAAAGACAAAGUGUUAUAAAUUUGUUUCAGGCACAUUUAUGUUCUACUGUUGCUAUGUAGGGGGCCACCUCAUGGAGAAGUUCUUCAAUUAACGGGGCAGUUUACUUUAAAACAACACCAACCACCACAAGGGCAGUCUCAUUUUCCAGUCAAGAAAACCAUUAUAUAGUAAAACAAAAUACUGUCUCAG